GUCAAUCAAACGUCAAAAUAACAUCGAAAAUGCAUGAUUUUUAUAUGUUUAUUUUAGUAGUGCAAGAAUUUUAAACAAAAUGCACACAACUAGUUUACCCCGGACUUGCCUUAGCUGCACAAAUGUCACAUUCUUCUCAAUGGCAAGCAUUGUCUGCGGCGCUUGUGUGUGGUGCAUUAUCAAUACAGAGAUGUUUAGAGAAGUAAACCUUACUGUCACCAAGAGCCAUAUGAUACCAAUCAUUGCCAGCGUCGUAAACUUGAAACUAUGGUUCACUCCUUUAUCAACGAUCGUACUUAUCCUCUCCGCUAUUACAAUGUUCACUUCAUGCUGCGGAAUUUUUGGUGCGGGGUGUAAAAUGAAAUGCGCUGUUAAAUGUUACAUAUUCCUGGUAACUGUUGUAUCGGGUACUGCAUUUUGGUUGUUCUUUGUUACCGGCAUUUAUAAUAUCUAUUCUAACAAUCUUCCUACAAGACGAUACUUACAAACAACGAUCCGUAAUUACUACGGAAGGGAAAACGAUUUGAUGUCAUUCCUAUGGGACUAUAUAAUGUUGAAUUACGAAUGCUGCGGCGCUAAUAAUUAUGAAGAUUUCGAUAAUUCAGAAUGGCAGAAGAAAAACCCGGGCCUUUCGAACCCGGUACAAUGUUGCAUGUUAAAAAAUAUAACAAAUCUUAUACCAUUGGAUCCUAACUGCACGAAAAUAAAUUCAACUAAUUUGGGUACUUAUAAAACUUUUGGUUGUUUCGACGCACUUAGAGAAGCUAUUAAAGAGAACAAGGGGACGUUCAUAUUCUACGCUGUAGUGUUAUUGCUUUCGUAUUUCCUUAUAAUUUCGUUUGCCUCUUGUAUAAUAAAAGGCGGUCCUUUAGUAGAUCCUAAUAGCUGGGCGCCAAUAAAGACGACUCCGCCAAAAGCGCAAUCGACCAGUAGUUUACCUGCGAAUAAAGAGGUAAAGGUAGUGGUACCGAAGCGAUCGAGUGCGUACAACACUAUGUAUGCUGAGGAACCUCCGAAGAAGGUGGUGCGAGUUAUAUCCGCGGUGAAUCCCGCUCAGAGCUACAAAUUUGAUACGUAUCCGUACAGAGGCGAUGGAGUCGUACCUUAUCGUUUAAAUCAUCAAUUACAAUAAAUAUUA